UUCGGUGAAUUAGUAACAAUAUUUAAAACAUUUAUUCAGUCUAAUCAUUAGUUCAUUUUAUUAUUAAUUAGGUUCAUGGAGUGCUUGUUGCAUAUUGCAUACCGACUAGACGUAACCUGUUGGCAGGCAAAGCAACCCCAUGAAAAGGAAAGCGUUGCGAAGCGCAAAAAAUACAUCCAAGAAGAAUUCAAAACUCGAACUGGCCUCAUAAUUGAUGUCCCUAAGCAAGGUUCCGGUACGUCAAAUGACGGGAACACUGCCAGAAGAUUUUUCCAGGAUCCAGCACUUUCAGCAUCAAUUACGGGAUUGAAUGUAAAACUGGUUGAAAAAUUUGCGAAUAUUUUGUCAGUGAUUGCAUCGGGGUUUGAAGUAAACACCGAAAUGUUUCAAACAUAUUGCAUUGAAACGGCUCGGCAAUAUGUGAAACUGUACGGCUGGUACAAAAUGCCAUCAAGCGUUCACCGUGUGCUGAUUCAUGGCGCAGACAUAAUAAAGGCCGCGAUCGUUCCAGUCGGAAGUCUAUCUGAAGAACCACAAGAAUGCCGCAACAAGGACAUCAAAAAUUAUCGAGAACACCGAGCAAGAAAGUGUUCACGUGUAGCUACAAAUCAAGACGUAUUUAACCGGCUGAUGGUGUCUUCAGAUCCAAUGAUUUCGUCUAUGUACAAAGCCCCGAAAAGGAAAAGCACUCCAUUCAGAGCAGAGGCAUUGAAAUUUUUGAAAGAACCGAAUGUUACAUUGAAUGAGGAACAUUAUUCAUCAGACAAUGAAGAUUGCGAGGAAAAUGAUGAGCUGUUAUCAUAG